AUGACUUGCUGUAGUGUCAUGCAAAAAGAAAGCUGUCCACAGCACAGGCUGCUGUCUAGAGGCAGUGUAUCUGUCAGGGUGAGAGAACACCCUGGAGAGAGACAGCUGAUUCUGAUAGGUCAUCUAUAUGAUAUGACACGAGAGCAGUAUAUAUUAGCAACACAACAGAACAGCCUUCCAAGGACUGAACAUCCUCAGUUUUACCCAGUAGGGAUUUAUGGAUGGCGAAAGAGGUGCUUAUACUUCUUUGUCCUUCUGCUGUUGGUUACCAUGAUUGUUAACUUAGCAAUGACAGUAUGGAUUUUGAAGGUGAUGAAUUUCACAGUGGACGGAAUGGGAAAUUUGAGAGUCACUAAAAAAGGAAUACGACUUGAAGGAAUUUCUGAAUUUCUACUUCCACUAUACGUGAAAGAAAUCCAUUCCCGAAAGGAUAGUCCACUGGUCUUACAGUCUGACAGAAAUGUAACAGUGAAUGCAAGAAAUCACAUGGGACAGUUAACUGGACAACUGACAGUAGGAGCUGAUGCUGUGGAGGCCCAGUGUAAGAGAUUUGAAGUGAGGGCAAGUGAAGGUGGAAAAGUAUUAUUUUCUGCAGAUGAAGAUGAGAUUGUCAUUGGAGCUGACAGACUGAAAGUAACAGGCACAGAAGGGGCAGUGUUUGGGCACUCUGUGGAGACACCCCAUAUCAGAGCAGAACCUUCCCAAGACCUCAAACUUGAAUCUCCCACCAGAUCUUUGGUUAUGGAAGCACCCAGGGGAGUGCAAGUCAACGCAGCUGCAGGAGACUUAAAAGCUACCUGUAGGAAAGAAUUGCACUUAAAGUCCACAGAAGGGGAGAUAUUUUUAAAUGCAGAUACAAUCCGCCUGGGAAAUCUACCAGUGGGUUCCUUUUCUUCCUCCUCCUCCUCUUCUUCCUCCUCGUCAUCCAGCUCUUCAGCUCCUCGUCAGACUAUCUAUGAGCUCUGCGUCUGUCCCAAUGGUAAACUUUACCUGUCCCCAGCAGGAGCAGGCUCCACGUGUCAAUCCAGUAGCAACAUCUGCUUGUGGAGCUAGAAUGACUCCGAUUUCUCCUCACACCAGAAUAGCCUUUUGUUACUGUCCCUCUGCUUCACAGUUCUGCUCGGUUUCCCUUGUGACAAGUUCGACCCUUCAAACGGCCUGCAGAGCAACUUCUUCCAGUGUAA